AUUCGCGGAGCUUCUUGAAAGCACCUUCUGCGUUACUUUUGCCGUACAAAUACUAAUAGUUACUGUUACGAUGAGCGUUUCCCUGCUACAAAUCGCGAUGCAGUUAAACGAAGUUUUAGAAGCGAUGAGAUACACAUUAUACGUCAUUACUCAAGUGAUCCACUUGUUCUACUUCAGUUUUCAAGGCCAGAGACUGAUCGAGCACAGUAUGCAAAUAGGCGAUAAGAUAUAUAACUCUUCUUGGUACAACCUACCUGUAAAAUCGCAAAGGCUACUCCUGUACGUGAUGCAACGGAGCAUGCAACCGAAUUUUUUUAGUGCCGGCAAGAUUUACAUCUUUUCUCUAAAGAACUUCACCACGGUGAUACAGUCUGCGGUGUCAUAUUUUACCGUACUUGCGUCUUUUCAGUAA